AACACAAACGCCAUAAAAGUGUGAGUAGUACAGAGUCUACAGAGUAUGCUGAUAAUUGCCGUCAUUGUUCGGUAGACUUUUAGCCGGUCGGAUAGCUCUGUUACCGGUUGUGGUGAGCCAGUCCGUUAUUCGUUAAGAGACCUCUUCUCAGCUAAAGAGCUAUGCAGUCCCUGCGGAAGACAACCACCUGGGCCAUGCCGGUCGCAACAAGGUUGGCCCGGAUGAGUGGCGGAGAGUGGGGUUCAGGAGCUGGCAAGGGAGGAGGCGGUGGUGGAUCGGUUCGUGAUGCCGGUGGUUCCUUUGGCAAGAUGGAAGUGGCCCACGAGGAGGAAUACUUUUACAAUAAGCGCAAGGAACAAUUGCACAAGCUGAAGGAGCAACUUAUUAAGCACGAGGAUUUCCACGAAGAGUCCAUCAAGCAGCAUGAGGAAGCAAUCGAGCGCCAUAAGAAGAGAAUUAAAGAAUUGAAAAAGGGAAAGUGAACCCGUUUAUUUGCUGAAUUUAUUUUUUAGUAUGCGAUCAAAAUUGGUUGUAUGAAACAUAAAUUAAACCAUUCGCCCAGUACAAAAAAGAAAAUUUUA